CGUAACUUCCGAAUCAAAGACAACAUUUUAAUAGGACAAGAGUUACCGAUAAGCAGAGAACCUAUCAAUGUGUCCGAAGUGUUACUCAAGACUAUGAAGAGUAACCCAGAUUGCAUCGGCGAGGUGGAUGGUGUCACGGGUAAAAAGUACACUUACGCUGACAUGAGCGAGCGUAGUAUUAAGUGUGCUCUUUGGUUAAAGAAACAAGGUGUAAAGCCAGGUGAUAUAAUCGGCCUUUGCAGCGACAACACUAUGGAUGCGGUCUUAAUUAUGUUGGGUACUAUGUACAUAGGCGCUAUAUCGAAUACGUGGGACGAUAAACUCUCCCUAAUAACAGCACGAUACUUCCUCUCGGUAAUAUCACCAACGAUAAUCUUCGCGAACUCGUCAGUGGCUACGAGUCUGACGGAAGCAGCAAAGGAGCUAGGAAUAAAUAUGAAAAUAGUGGUUCUCGACAAGCUAAACGGAUACGAGUUUUUUGACGACAUCUUAAAGGGUCACGAUACUCAUGAGAUCGCCGAAUUUAAAUGUGCUACAAUCAGUAAGCCGGAUGAUGUUGCUCUUAUCGUUCCCACUUCGGGUACUACAGGUAUGCCGAAGGCUACUGAGAUCUCGCAUUUUUCUUUAUACCAUUGCUUGUCUCCCGAGAAAAUCACCGAAAUGGAAGGCCAUAUAUGUAUAUGGGCACCCACCUUGCGUUGGCAUUAUGGCGUUCAGUUGGCAUUCGAAACCAUACUGGCACGCUCGACAAGAAUUGUAGCACCAGAUUGCAACGACGAAGUAUAUUUCGAAUAUAUCGAAAAGUAUAAUGUAACAUGGCUCGCUGCCGAUCCGUGCAUGUUAAUCAAAUCUCUCAAAAUGAAUUUACUGGACAAAUAUCGAUUAUUGACUUUGAAAGAAAUUAGUGUUACCGGUUCUCUCCUCAGAAAGGAAAUUCAAAAGGCAGUAAGCCAUUACUUGCCACAUGUUCUCAUUCUAAAUGGUUAUGGAAGUACCGAUUCAGCAGGUGACAUCUGUGUGCAAGUCAAAGGUUGCAAAUUGGGAUCUAUCGGUUUCGUGACGCCUAAUGUUCGAAUAAAAAUAGUGGAUAUAAAAACUGGAAAAACUUUGGGAACCAAUAAAACUGGAGAACUACGUGUAAAACUGCCGUGCGUAAUGAACGGAUACUAUAAGAAUCUUGAAGCGACCAAGAGGGCCUUCGACAGUGAUGGUUGGUUGUGCACCGGCGAUUUGGGAUAUUAUGACAAAGACGGGGAAGUGUUCCUCAUCGACAGGAUAUCCGAGUUUCUUGCUUUCAGAAGCAUCAACAUCUCGCCUGCAGAAAUCGAGUAUGUUUUAGCGACACAUCCGGCAGUGCUUCAUGUGGCGGUGAUAGGGAUCCCUCACGAAAUUGACGAUCAACAUGCAAUGGCUGUCGUCUCUCUAGUGCCGGGUAAAACGGUAACAGAGGAAGAGCUUGUUACCUUGGUGGAGCAAAAUAUGCCGGACUAUUGCAGACUUCGCGCUGGCGCUAAGAUUCUCGAUGAACUACCCCGUACGGCUACUGGCAAAAUCGCGAAAAAGAAGUUGCUAGAAAUGUUUGCCCAUUAAAGCGAUGAAUUAUACAUGCUAAGAAAGCAUCAAAUUGUGUGAAUCAUGUUCUUUCUGAAAAAUGUUUUGGAAAUGUUUAAACUAGUAAUUUAUCUUAUAUGACGUUUAUUAGAAGAAUUGAGAGUACGAAAUAUAUAAAAUAAUACAAAUUACAAAUUGCAUAAGUCUCGAAAAAUCAAUCCAUGAGCAAUUCGUGUAUUAUGACCAAUUCCCAUCAAAACAAUAUU